AUGAGUAAUAAAACAGAUCUAUUUUUAAUCAUAUAUAGAAAUAAAUAUCUAAGGAUAAAAAUUUUUCAUGAAAUUAAAAUUUCCAAUAAAAAAUUAAAAUACAUAAGAUAUAGUUUUUAUGAUGCUCCACUGGACUUUAUAAUAAAAACAAGAAAUAAACAACUGUUAAUAGAAAAAUUAAAUCUUUUUUCAAAAUUUAUUAAUAAUAAUAAUUCAAAUAAUUUAAAUAAUAAUAAUAAUAAUAAUAAUAAUAAUAAUAAUAAUAAUAAUAAUAAUAAUAAUAAUAAUAAUAAUAAUAAUAAUAAUAAUAAUGAUAAUAAUAAUGAUAAUAUUGAAAUAAAUGAUAUUUAUAAAUAUUAUGUUGAAUUUAAUUCCAAAGAUUUUGAAUUAUUAUUAGAAUGGAAAGAUUUAGAUUUAUCAACAUUUAUAGAAUUUAUUAAUACAUUUUCAAUAAAAUUAAAAGAAUUAAAUGCAAAAACUAUAAAUAAAUAUAUUCAAAUUUUAAUUAUUGAAAAUGGUGUUAAUGUAGAGAUUUUAGAAUAUAUUUUAAAAGAAACCAAUAUAAAUAAUAUAAUUGAAAAAGAAGGAGUAGGAGGAGGAGUAGGAGGAAUAUAUGAAGAAUGUAAAACUGAUUGGAUUGAAAAUUUCUUUAAAAAAGCAACAACAGAAAUGUCAAUGAAAAUGUUUAAUUAUUUAUUUGAAUUUGAUGAAAAUGGUAAUUUAAAAUAUAGAAUAACCUUUUUCAAAGAGUUUACAGACACUUUUAUUUUCAAUAAUAUCAUUGAAUCAAUUAAUAAAACUCAAUCAAAUAAUCAAUUAAUUUCUGCAUUCUUUAGUCUUUUACCUGAUAGAAUUUUUAAAAAUUUAGAACUUUGUAAUCCUCAAACACAAGAUAAACCAAAACCAAGACAAUAUUCUUUCUUUAAAAAUACAAUUUCAAAUUGUAAUGGUUUCAAUUUCUCACGUCUAAUAAAUACAACUAUUAGAAUGAAUAAUUUAGAAAUAUUAAAAUUAAUUUUAUCAAAAUUUAUUUGGACACCAACUGCAACUACAACAAAUUGUAAUAAUAAUAAUAUACAAUUAUCAAUAAUUGAAAUUUAUGGAUUUAAAAUUUCAAUUAAUACAUUAAGAAAUUUAGAAAUUGAUAUUAGUAUAUUUAAUGGUACUGAUGAUUUAAUGUUACCAUUAUAUAAGGUUAUGGUUGAAAAAGUUGUAUCAGAUGAAUUAUUUACAAUUAAUCAAAAAUCAUCAGUUACAGUUAAUGGUCCAUAUUAUUCAGAUUAUGUUUUAGAAUUAUUAAAUAGAAAUAAUUUAUCAUUGGAUAAAAUGAAGAAUAAUAUUAUAUUCAAAUAUAAAUGUAUUAGAGAUAAAGAAUCUGAUUUUAAUAAUCAUCUUUUAUUGAAUUCUCAAUUGAUUAAUAUAGAUUUCUUUAGAUGUAAAGUUAUGAAUGAAAAUUUAGAAUUGUUUGGAUUUUAUUUAGUUGCUUUUGGAUUCGACAAAAUGAGAUUACUUGAAGCGGUUGAUUUAGGUUUUGAGAAGAUGGUAACAUUCAUGAUAAACAUUGGUGAAAUGUACCUUGGUGGCAAUGAAGAGAAUCAUCAAGAAGAAUCUUUAAAACUUUAUUUAGACCUAUUAUUUAAAUCAUUACCAACUGAUAAACAUAAUGGUUAUCAAUACCUAUUCGAUUUAGUUUUACCAAUUAUUAAUAAUAAAAUUAUAAAAUAUGAAAAUUUUAAUAGAUCAUUAUUCCAUAUUGUAAAUAAUAGAAAAUUACCAUUAAAUCCAAUCAAAAGGAAAAAAUACAUUGAAAACAUUUCAAAAAUUACAAAUUUCUUUGAUUUGAAAUUAAAUCAUUUCUUAAAUAAUUAUUAUUCAAUCAAUUAUCAUCCCACAAAAUCAAAUUUACCAUCAAGUAUUCCAGAUUAUAUGGAUUUCAAUAAAAACUCUUUAAAUAUAAUAAAAACUACACCCGAUCAUAUUUUCUAUCAAAUUUUUAAAGAUUGUUUAGAGAUUGGAAAUUUAAAAUUAUUAAAAAAAAUUUUAAAAUUAACUAAAGUUAAACAAACAAAUUCUUUAUUAGAAAUUUGUUUAAAUUAUAAUUUUAAAUUAAUAAAUUCGAUUUUAUUAAAUUUAAAUUUUUUAACAAUAGAAUGGCCACCAAAUAAUUCUUUCUUUAAAUUAUUAGAAAAUUUUAUAAAAUUAUCAAUUAAUAAUAAUAAUUCAAAUAAUAAUAAUAAUAAUAAUAAUAAUAAUAAUAAUAAUAAUAAUAAUAAUAAUAAUAAUAAUAAUAAUAAUAAUAAUUUUGAAAAUUAUUCACUAGAAUUGGUAUUUGGUAUUGGUAAAUUUAAAAAUUAUAAAUUUUUCAAUUUAUUUAAUUUUCAAAGUAAUGGUAAGAAAUUAGAUAAUCAAGUUUUUUGUGACAGAGCUUUAAUAUUAUUUCAAUUGUAUUUAUUGAAAAAUAGUUGUAGUGUUAUUUGUAAAAGAAUAUUAUAUUCAGAAUUGGUUAAUUGUAUAACUAACCACCAUCCUCAAAACUUGGAUUUCAUAAGGAAUAAAACCAGUGGUAAAAGUUUAUCAAUAAUUAUUUCUUUAAAUUAUAGUUCAAUUGAAAAAGAUCAACUUUUUCAUAAAUUUGGUUUUAAUAUUAAAUUAUAA